AGGGGAGGAGCAAGAUGAGGAGGAGCAGGGGGCGCAGGGACUGGCCUUCGCUGUGGCCUCAGCCCCCGAAAGGCUCGUCAUCGGCUCCCUCCUCGAGGAGCUGCGGGAUCUUGCGGGGCGCGCGCAGAGGGCGCAGGUGGCCAAGCUGCAGCACGAGGCCGAGGUCGCCGGCUUCUUCACCGUGGCGGCCCCGCGGGGCGCCGCCGUGCCGGCCCCGCCCCCGAUGUCGGCGCUGUCUGCGGCCGGCGGCGGGGACCCCUGGGCCGGCGCCCGGGGGGGCGACUCAUAUAAGCCAGGCGGCAGGUUCGCCCCGGAGGCCCUCUGCGCCACGGACGGGCUCGCUCCUCGCCAUGAGCUCGCUCCGGGAGAGGCGCCGCCCCCGACGCCUGGUCUGGCGACCGGCUCGCUGCGGAAGAGCAGGCGCUGCUCCAGAUGUUCGACACACAGGCCGUUGUCGGGCCUGAUCCGGACCACGCAGGCCAAGAUGGAGGAGGUGUCGUCCCUGGUUGGGCUCUUCGCAACCAAGGUUGCCGAGCAGCAGGAGAUGGCCGACAACAUCCACGAUCUUGCGGUAGAGGCCACGGACUACGUCGAGAACGCGGAGAAGCACCUGCAGCGGGCCGUGGAGAACAGCAACUCUUACCGCUUCUACGUCGUCUGCUGGUUCUUGGGGUCGUCGCUGUUCCUGAUCCUCUUCGAUCAGUUCGACCAGCGCUUCUCCUUGAUAUGACACUCCGCCCGCACGGCACGCCGCUUGCACCUCUCCCGCCUCCCUUCCCUUCUCCCCUCCCUGGCCUCCUUUCUCCUCCCCCCUCGACCUGCUACCGACUGCCCGCUUGUACAGCCCUCGGUCCAUCCUUCGCCGCUUUCGCUGGCCGCGCCCCGCUCGAGAUGCUUCGAAAUGGGCGUCCAAGGCCCUUGCAUCCUUAUCGCGCAUCCUUACUAUACAUAUUGGUUCGCAUGUGGUCCCCUAAUCUGGCCUCCGCGAUCGCGGCGGCAGUAACUAGUCUGCGAAGGCGAGAGGGCCAGCGAACUCUGCGGCGGCAGAAAGAGCCAGCGGGAGCCCCGUGCUUUUUCCCAGAGGCACUCUACCGAGCAGCGAGCGGCAAGCCUCGGAGCCCGCAAGGAGCUCCAGAGUAGGACCAGCAGGAUCCUCAGGAGAGGAACGAGGGG